AUGCACUCUACGCGAUAGUCUCGCACCGGUUCCCUCGACUAUUUUGAGCUGUAAACCGGGGCGUUCGCGUGGGAGAAUUAGCGGUGCUUUCCGCGCCGAGACCUCCAUGCGGCAGUUGGCGGAACAGCCAGCCGCCUCUCUCGGUUAGCCAUCAGGGAUGUCGGUUUAAUAUCUCACCGUGCAGAGACUCGCCCUCUCUCUCCCCCUCUCUCUCUCGCGCGCCGAGUAGCCCAGAACCGCCGCGGAACGAGCUCGGAGAACCCGCCUUCUUGUUCUCGCUUUUUUGGAUCGAGGCGAGGGGGGGACCCGCACUGCCCCGGCAACUAGCGCUAAGCUCCGUGUUUUUUUCCUGUGUUUGCAGUGCGCCAUUGGACCUUGUCACGGUAGGUUUCCUCGUAGAGGCAUGGCGGAUCUGGAGCGUUUCGUCGCGCCACUGAAGCCACUCCGCCUCGGCUGUUAGCUAUUAGCUCCGAGGGGAGCACGUUAACAAAGUGGGGUCACGUUGUUGUUUAGAAUUUUUCUAGACGAAACCGGUACGCGACCGUUUAAAAAAAGGGGGCUCUUUCGCCAACGUUUGACCGUUAAAAAUAUUUUCCAUGUCCUUCUUUCUUUCUGCGCCUCCGUGGGUCCUUUCGACCCACCAACGUAACGUCUGGCUCGGGCAGUUUCUUUGAGAAAUGUUUUCUACGAAACUAAUAUUUUAACGAUUUGCGAGUCCAAAUUAUAACCGUGAACUGUAUAUUGAAUAUAUUGUAUCGUAAAGCCCCACAUGCCCUCGGGAAACCUUUUUCAAAUUCUAUUUUUUUUUAAAGUAUGGCUCUUAAUGUUACAUUUAAGCUUAAUUUAGCCCACCAAGUUGCCCUUGGUGGUAAUGGCUCAUUUCCCAAAUGUGAUUUUUCAUCCAAUUUUUCAAAAAUGGAUUAAAUUCUCAAAAACCUGCUAAUAAAAACGGCUGCGGGUGUAUGUUAACGCAGUUCUUUAGCCUGGGGGGGGGAGAAAUCGGUGGUUUUUGUGCGGCUAGGUGGCACCGCGGUGAGCGGUGGCCAUCAAGGACACGAUGAACAACGAGCAGCCGCCAUCAUGGGAUCACAGCUCGGCUACGCCUCGCUGAAGAAUGCGCUUCGUUUGUUCCAUAACCUCGAUUAAAAAGCCCGAACGAAUCGUUCUGUGAAAACUCUCGAAACCCCAUUUUAUUAUUAAUUCCGAGCGAACAGUGUAUAUAUUCCCCCCGCUCGAGUCUCGAGGAAAACAUUUGACUAACAAGGGGGGGGUUUGCACCGCGGAGCUCGAUCCGCGUCCAUCGGUCACGAGGCGCUUCUUCCGAGUGGCGCACUUUGGCUCGCAUCGCUUCCCGAGCCACCAUUGACCCCCUUUUUUCCUCGGGAGACGACGACGACUCGGGGAAAAAACAAGAUUUUCUCCCCCCCACUCUCGUCCCGCGGUCAGCUGGUCGCCUACAGCUGCCCGUCCGCUCCACGUUCCGUUCGCUUCCUCCUUCCGUGGAUCCUCCCUCCCUCGAAAAGACCUCCUGCUCCCGACGGCGAGAAGCCUCCAUUACCGAGCCGGGGCUGAGAAAAUGGUCGCUUCCCGUUCGGGUUCGCGAUACAACACAAAAAACGCAAACAUGAAUGGAGAAAUGGAGGCGAUCCCGCAAGACAAAGAUUGGGCACAGGAGGACCUCUUGAAGCUGCUUGAGGCCAUGAAGAUGGCCCUCCCUCAGAAGGACAAGAGUAAAUACAAAACAUCAGAGUCUCACCUCGACUGGGAGAAGGUGGCCUUCAAUUCCUUCACAGCAGACAUGUGUAAGCAGAAGUGGCAGGAGGUGUCUAAAGAGAUUCGUAAAUUCCGGACUCUGACUGAACUGAUAUUUGAUGCCCAAGACUACAUCAAGCACCCUUACAAGGGCAAAAAGUUAAAUACACACCCCGAUUUCCCCAAGAAGCCCUUGACUCCGUACUUCAGAUUCUUUAUGGAAAAGAGGGCCAAAUACGCAAAGUUACACCCAGAGAUGAGCAACUUAGACCUAACUAAAAUCCUCUCCAAGAAGUACAGGGAGCUGCCCGACAAAAAGAAGAAAAAGUAUGUUGAAGACUUCUUACGAGACAAAGAAAUGUUUGUGCACAGCAUGACAAAGUUCAGAGAACUGCACCCAGACCUGGUGGAGAGUAUGGCCAACAAAGGUUCAAACAUACCAGAGAAGCCCAAAACACCCCAACAGCUGUGGUUAAACCACGAAAAGAAGGCCGUCCUCAAGACACGCCCAGAUGCGACCUCCAAAGACAUUAAGGAAAUUCUCGGCAAACAGUGGACGCAGCUGUCUGACAAGAAGAGACUCAAAUGGAUCGCCAAGUCUCUGGAGCAGCAGAAACUGUACCAGGGGACUAUGCGGGAGUACAUCCAGCAGCACCCGGAGUUGAACAUGACCCAAGAGGCUUUCGUCAAGUCCACCCUGACGAAGGCCGAGCGGCACCUGAAAGACAAAUCGGACGGCCGACCCGACAAACCACCUCCGAACGGUUACUCGAUGUUCUGUGCGGAGUUGAUGUCGAGCAUGAAGGAUGUUCCCAGCACUCAGCGCAUGGUGAUGUGCAGCCAGCGGUGGAAGCUGCUGAAACAGUGCGAGAAGGACGCUUACCAGAAGCGCUGUGAACAGAGGAAAAAGGAUUUUGAAAUCGACAUGAACAGAUUCCUCAGUAGUUUGACAGAGGAGGAGCAAAACCGGGUUUUGUCGGAGGACAAAUUAGGUUUUAAGCGGGGCGGAGCCAACAGCCCAGCCGCCAAAAAGAAGGCCUCUAAAGCAGCGGCCAAUCCAGAGAAACCUAAAAGGCCAAUUUCAGCCAUGUUCAUCUUCUCUGAGGAAAGACGCCCAAAGCUGCAGCAGGAGCGACCGGACCUUUCCGACAGCGAGCUCACGCGCCUCCUCGCACGCAUGUGGAAUGAGCUGCCGGACAAGAAGAAGGAGAAGUUUAAACGCAUGGAAGCGAUCCUGAAGGCCGAGACGGAGAAGAGGGAGGAUCGCAGUCGUCUGCCGGACCCCCCCAAGACCGCGCAGGACAUCUGGCAGCAGAGUGUCAUCGGAGACUACCUGGCCAGAUUUAAGAGUGACCGAAUAAAGGCGCAAAAAGCAAUGGAAGCAACAUGGAGCACCAUGGAGAAAAAGGAGAAAAUCAUGUGGAUCAAAAAGGCAGCAGAGGACCAGAAGAGAUAUGAGAGAGACCUGUGUGAGAUGCGCUCGCCCGCUAUCGUCUUCCCCUCCGGGAAGAAGAUGAAGUUUGAGGGAGAACCCAAGAAGCCGCCGUCAAACGGAUACCAGAAGUUUUCCCAGGAGAUGCUGUCCAACGGGGAGCUGAACCACCACCCAAUGAAAGCGCGCAUGACCGAGAUCGGCAGCCGCUGGCAGAGGCUGACGCAGAAGGAGAAGGACCGCUACAAGAAGAUCGCCGAGGAGAAGCAGAGGCAGUACAAAGGCCAACUGGAGCAGUGGCUCGCUAGUUUGACUUCGCAAGAGAGAAACGCUUACAAAGAAUAUAAUUCACAAAAACGGAGAACUACAGCGAAACCCGGAGGCCCCGCGGCAAAGGCCAAGAAAUCUGACACGGAGGAGGAGGACGACGACGAAGAGGAGGAGGAGGAGGAGCGGGAGAAGGCUUCCUCUGACGCAGACUCCUCCAGCGACGAUGAUGAUGAUGAUGAUGACGACGACGAUGAUGGUGACAACAAGGAGGCGGAGGACGACGACGACGAUGACGACGACGAUGAUGACGAUGAUGACGACGAAGCAGAGGACAAGGAGAACAAGUCCGAAGACAGCAGCAGCGACUCGAACUCCCAGGGGUCAUCGGACUCCGACUCGGACUGAACCGGCCCGACGCCGGCGUGAGACGAACUGAGCAGCGCUGAGCCAAGAGUCGAGGGGAGCCUGUCCCUGUGCCAACCCCUGCUCCGCCCCCAUCCCCCUCCCACCACCACCACCAGGGGGAGCCUCCGCAGCGCCUCAUCCACUUCACACUUUACGUCGGUGAUCUCACUCACGGAGGGGGACGCCGCCCCUCACGUCCAGAGUCCGCUUCCUUCCCUCCCCCGGUGCGAUGGGUCUGCUCACCGCACAGGCCGCUGACGUUAUGCCAAAAAACCCACAUCCCACUGGUUUGGUGAUGUCAUGAACAUUUCUGCUGCUGGUUUCAAUCUUGACUUCCAGGUUCAAUCCUUUACGGUUCGGGUUUUUAAUGUUGAGGGGUUAUCACCUGUCAGUGUUUUUUUUUAUUUUAUUCUUCUGGUAAUUAGUUGAAGACGAGUGGCGCGAGAUUUGUGAACAGGCUUCAUGGAGCCAAAGAACAUAGUGGAUCUUAUUAGGACCGAGGGAGGGGGGGGUGCAGGAUACAGAAAAAUUGCACUCUUUAGAAUGUUUCCUUUUUUUUUGAGCGUUGUCACAUUGUUCUGUCAUCUAAAUUUCUGAUGUAGAUUUUAUUAUUUGGUUCUUAACGAGGUGGUAUUUUUUCAGGAAAAAAAAAUCAAGCCAUUAUGAAUGUUUUUUUUUUUUUUCUUUGUUGCUGGAAAACUUCUGAACUUGUUACUUACCCUUGUUCUCAUUUAAAAGGUAACGGUGCCUAUAUAAAGUAUUCACCCCCUCUUGGACUUUUUCAUGUUUUAUUGUUUUACCACAUUGAGCUAAAGUGGAUGCUUUGAAAGUCAUUAACAGUUUGUUCUUUGCACUGCAGAGUUUAGGAAAGCUUUCAGAGUGUAGCCAACGUCAGUUGGAGAGGGACGAGCUAACGGACCCAGCAGAACAAGUCAAUCUCUACAGAGAUCUCAAUGAAGUGCAAGUUUUAAGAUAGCCCACUCCGUUACAUAAUGAUUCACCCCUGAAAUGUACAGCAAAUGCCUCUUUGGCUGCAGUCGCGAUCACGGCUGUGUGGAUUUGUAUUUUAACCUCUUUCUGAGGAAUCGGCCCUAUUGGGGUUAAGAGGGACCUCGCGUGUCAUUUUUUAUGAAUUGGUCUUACCAUCUUCUGUAGGCUGUUAAAACCCUCGUAAAUGUUUUGUGUUUGGAAAACUUCUAGAAGUCAAUACAGUUUUCAAACGAUUAUUUUAGGUUUACAUCCGGACUUGGAUAACUUUGAAGAUUUUUUUAAAUUUUUUUUUCUCGAUUAAAGUUAGAAACACCUGACGGCUUAAGAUGUGUGUCGGAAACAAAAAAACGUUUAAUACUUUUUAUAGGCGCUGUAGGAGCCAGUAGCAUGUCCGCCAUCGAGAAGUGUCAUUAGUCCAUUGGUGUGAAUGGCAGAAAGAGACGGGAUUUAUUGAAGGGAUCUCACUUGUUUUCCACUCGCAGAUCUUAAAGAAUACGUCGCACAGCUGGUGCAUUUUUCUUCUCUGAACCGUUGCUCUGUUUUGUUUACAGCUUAUUUUGAAUUGUCAUUAGGUUUUGUUUUAAUUGUGACCAGUUGUGUUCUGAUCCGUUUGGAAUGAUCUUUGUGGAUCCUAAACUGAAUGAUUUCCAUCAGUUUAAUUAUUUUGUCAUGUUAUUUACUGUAUUCCAUUUGGGUUUUUAGUCCGAUGCUUAGUCCCAAAAACGUGUGCACUUAAAUGUAAAUCUGUCCCUCCUGUGAGUUUGUGUGCCGGCAUGCACAGAGCUGUGUAUAGACGAGGGUGUGAGUGUUUUGUUUCUUUGCUUUAACGUGUGCUGUUAUCAUUCUGUUGCAUACCCUGACGUAACUGCAGUGUGCCUGCGUGGGGACGUCAUACCAACACAUGAAUGUAGAUAUUGUUAAAUCUUUACUUUUUAUCUUCUUUUUCUCCCCCCCCCCAAAGGUCUUUUAGUAAGUUUUCUGCUCGGCGCUCAGCUUUCGCAGCUGUCAUUUUGGGGGCACAGCCGGUAAUAACCUGUGAUUGAUGGACGGAGUUUGGAACAGCGUUGGCUUUAUACAUAUUUUAGGGGUAGAAUACGAAAAGUGAUGCUGAUAUUGAUAGGUGUGAGUUUGUAAAGGGAUUUGGGGAGCCGAGUUGCCAGAUGAAUCGGGGGUUGAAAACUUGUAAUUUUUCUUGUAAAUACUGUUUUGUUUAUUUUUUGUAUCGAGUGCUAUCAUUUUGUUAGUGCAGUUCAUUUGGCAAACCUUCAUCUGUGACUUCUGAGGCCAGUGAGUUUUUCCCCUCACAGGAGAGGUUUUUGAUUUAAUUCACUUGUUUUUAGUUGUUUCUUCACUCCCUUCCGUAGGUUUAUAGAGAUAUCUGAUUGCAAAGCUAUACAAGUUUGUACUGCUGAUCAUUUGACAAUUUGGUGUUUUCUAUAGCUGAGGGUGUUAUUAUGUCCUUGUAGUUCAAGUCUUUGGGAAAAUAAAAUAAAAAAGAUCUUUAACA